UCACUUGUCGCGUAGCGCUGAGGGACCAGAGGCGAGGUUUAGGGUUAGGGGAACACAUUCAGGAAGCUGUGUCCGCUGAUAAGACUGGAGGGAAGACAUACGUAAAGACAAAUACACACAAUUUCAACGUUUUUUAGUUUUUUAGUUGUUGAGAAUAAGACGGAUAAUUUGUAAGAGUUUCUUUUGGCGUUACCUUUAGGACGUAUGGUCUCUGGGUAGUGUGAUCGUCGUUCCUGGACAUGGCAGGUCUCUAUGGACUGAAGAUCCUGCUGCUGUGUACUGGGCUCAUAGAGCUGGCCAUAUGUGCCGGGGAUACAACUUCGAAAGGCUCCGCAGCAACAAUACCCCCAACAGGAACAGUAGCCAUCACCAACAAACCCCCAAGCAUUCCCAUCACACCUUUAAACUCUCAGACAGCAUCCAUCUCAACCACUCCUCCACCCAUAAAUGAGCAAGACAAAAGCAGCAUCUCCACUCCUUCACCCACACAAUCCACCAAGAAUGCAAACGACUCCACAGGCCCUUUACUUCCAAACACCACGACCACGACGGCCACUACAACCAUCUCACCUUCACUCAGUUCGCUUACCCCCACCUCAAACAUCCUCACUCAGGCAUCAAGCCAAGCUACCCUUUCCAACGCAACUGGCGACUCGAGCACAAGCACUUCUUACCCUGCAAGCACCCUCAACCAAACCCAGACAUCUAACCCUGCAAGCACCCACAACCAAACCCAAGCCUUUCCUACAAACACCUCCACCUCUCAAACCCAGGCUUUGCCUACAAACAACUCCACCUCUCAAACCCAGGCUUUGCCUACAAACAACUCGACCUCUCCAUCUUUGCCUACAAGCACUCCACCCAUCCACAACCAAACCUCACCUGCAAGCACCCUGACUUCCACUACAGCUAUCCCCACAGGCAGCCAGACUAAACCAACACCGCCAAAGUGUACAUACACGGUCACGCCUGUCAUCUAUGGCUUUCAGAUUGACUUAAAGGCCUCAACCUCCGACACAUACAACAUAUUGUACCAGGAUGAAUCAGGACAACACAUGACUGUUGAUCAUCAAACGGUGAACUCCACUAUUGUGGUAUCAUUGAAGCCUUGCAGGAACUACACUUUUACAAAGAUUCAGCCUGAAUGUGAACUCCAAAGAAAUAGCACUCUGAGGACUGAGAAAAUGGAUGACCUAGAGUUUUCCACCAACACGAAGCCGGGAUAUUUGUGUUAUGUGACGAAAUGGAAUAUCAGUGAUGCUGAAUGGAACAGUCCUGUUAUCACCUGGGAAAAAGACAACUGUUUUAAGCUUUUAGAGGAACAUUUCUGCACAAACUUCACAACCAAUGUAGCUGUGCCUGGAGGUUGCAGUGUCAACAUCAGCAAAACUAUACCCAUAACAGCAGAGUAUUCUACAGUCGAACACUCUCCCAAUCUGGAAUACAAAAACGUACUCCCUGUUGAAAUAGUAUGGAAAAACAAGCCAAAAAACUGUGGCCCUAAAGAUCUGGACAUUCAUUAUACCUGUGAAGGAAACAGCGGGUCUAUCAACUUGACUGAUUUGGAACCCUUUCAGAAAUACAACUGUAGUGGAAAGAUUACUCACAACAGUAAAGUCAUCAGUACCAAGUCCAUUGACGUUGAAAUCAAAUGUGAAGUGGACAUUACCAAAACGUCUACAAACACAAACACCUCCAUAAGCCUUAAAUGGACCAAUAACAGCAUUAACUGCCCCAGAAAUACUCAGCUAUUUCACUCCUGCGUUUCCUGUAGAAUUGAGACUGAAGUUAAAGAUUGUUACACCACGGAUGAAUUACAUUAUGAUUUUAAUCAAUUGCAGCCAUUCACAAAUUAUAUCUGUUCAAUUGAGCCAAGGUACAAAGACAUGAGCUACGAUACACUCAAAAAAGUGUCUGAGACAAUCCUAACUGCACCUGGAGUACCUGAUGAGGUGGGGGGGAAAACGAGUGUGACUUAUACUCAGAACAAUGCUUUUACCAUUAUAUGUGAGGAAUUAAAGCCAGUUCAGUGGAAGGGAAAAGAGAAGUGGUACAUUGCAACGAUCACUGGGUCUGAGACAAAACCACAAAACAAAAAAAAAUGCAAUUUUACAUUUGCGGACCUCGGCUAUUUAACAGACUACACAGUUCAGAUCGUUACAUACAAUGGGAAAUACAAGAGUAAACCAAUAGAAACACACAUUACUACUCGCUACAAUGACAAAGCUGUGAUUGGGUUCCUUGUGUUCCUCAUCAUCCUGACAUCUCUGGCUCUCAUCUUCGUUCUCUACAAGAUCUACAUCCUGCAGCGCAAGAAGUCCAACAACAAUGAUGAACAGAUUGAGCUGAUUCAGCCAAGUGAUGAGGAGAACCUGCUGAACGUGGAGCCAAUCGGAUCUGAGGUGCUUCUGGACGCCUACAAGAGGAAAAUCGCAGAUGAGGGACGUCUUUUCCUUCAGGAGUUUCAGAGCAUCCCCAGGAUCUUCAGCCGCAACACGGUCAGAGAGGCCAAGAAGUCCUGCAACCAGCCCAAGAACCGCUACGUAGACAUCCUCCCAUACGACUACAACCGUGUCCAGCUGACCAGUGGUAAUGGAGAGACUGGCUGUGACUACAUCAACGCCAGCUUCAUCGACGGUUUCAAGGAGUCUAAGAAGUACAUCGCAGCUCAAGGUCCCAAGGAAGAGACAGUGGGGGAUUUCUGGAGGAUGGUUUGGGAGCAACAGUCCUCUAUCAUCGUCAUGGUAACACGUUGUGAGGAGAGUAGCAGGAACAAGUGUGCCCAGUACUGGCCGUCUCCUGAAAGGGAGGUGGAGAUCUUUGAGGGGUUUGUUGUGAAGCUGAACAGAGAAGAGCACUGUCCCGAUUACAUCAUCCGUCACCUCAGCUUGACCAACAAGAGGGAGAAGAGUGCAGAGAGGGAGGUGACCCACAUCCAGUUCACCAGCUGGCCAGACCACGGCGUGCCGGGAGAGCCACACCUCCUGCUGAAGCUGAGGCGACGCGUCAACGCCUUCAAGAACCUCUUCAGUGGACCCAUAGUCAUCCACUGCAGCGCUGGAGUGGGGAGAACAGGCACCUACAUGGGCAUUGAUGCCAUGAUGGAGGGGCUGGAGGCUGAGGGCAGAGUGGACAUCUACGGAUACGUGGUCAAGCUACGACGCCAGAGAUGCCUCAUGGUUCAAGUAGAGGCUCAGUACAUCCUGAUCCAUCAGGCUCUGAUAGAACACAACCAGUUUGGAGAGACAGAGAUCUCCCUGGCAGAGCUGCACCCAACACUGGGCACACUCAAACAGAGAGACCCCGGUAACGAGCCUACUCUGCUGGAGGCAGAGUUCCAGAGACUUCCACGGUACAAGAACUGGCGGACAUUCAACACAGGGAUCAACGAGGAGAACAAGAAGAAAAACCGCUCCUCUUCUGUUAUUCCAUACGACUACAACAGGGUUCUGGUGAAGCUCGAGGACGAGAGCAGCCAUGACCAGGACGACGAUGACGAUGAUGAUGACUCUUCUGACGAAGAGGACGAGGAGUCCACCAAAUACAUCAACGCCACACAGAUAGAUGGUUACUGGUGUCAGAGGAGUCUGAUAGCAGCCCAGGGUCCUCUAGCCGACACCACAGGAGACUUCUGGCAGAUGGUCUUCCAGAAGAAGGUCAAUACCAUCGUCAUGCUGUCAGACCUCACAGAAGGAGACCAGGAGUUCUGUUCAGCGUACUGGGGAGAGGAAAAGAAAACCUUCAGGGACAUCGAGGUGGAGUUGAAGGCCACAGACACCCUCCCAGCAUACACCACUCGCAGUCUCCAAAUCCGUCACCCUAAGAGGAAAGACAGUAGGCAGGUGAAACAGUACCAGUUCCUGAAGUGGGCGGGACGAGAACUCCCAGAGAAGCCUCAGGAUUUGAUGGACAUGAUCAAGAACAUCAAGCAGACCUGUGGCUAUGGCAACAGCAAGGCAGAGAGGAUCCUGCCUGUUGUGGUCCACUGCAAUGAUGGCUCGUCUCGCUCCGGGGUCUUCUGUGCGUUGUGGAACAUCAUGGACAGUGCCGAGACAGAGAAACUGGUUGACGUGUUCCAGGUGGCCAAGGCUCUGCGCAAGGAGAGGCAAGGCAUGAUUCACAGCCUGGAGCAGUACCAGUUUCUGUAUGACGCCGUGGAGGGAUCGUUUCCUAUUCAGAACGGGGAAGUGAAGCAGCCAGCCACCGCCCCAGCUGCAGCAGCUGACUCCAUCCAGGUCGUCAACGAGACCAAAGCAGAGCAGCCUGCCAGCGCUACCACAGCCACCCAGCAGGGGGCAGAGGUGGUGAAGGAGGCAGUAGAGAGCACUCCCCUAGUGGCAGGGAAAGAAGCAGGUGCUGCAGCAGAUGGCAAUGAGGAUGAGGCUAAAGAGCCAGGUAGCCCUACAGAGAAAACCCCUCUGGAGGGGUCUAGUAACGGCCCCGCUGUCACUCUAGAGGUGUGACAGAACUUAUAUAAAGACGCUUGAACGGGAUAUUAGUACUUCAGUGCCUUUUACAGUGUUAGUGUUCAGUAGAGGGAUAUAGGAGAGUUGGUAUAUAGGAGAGUUGGUAUACUUGGUUUAAUUACUCCUUGAAUGUAUUAUACAUGUAAAGCUUUCAUUUGAAGUUAACAUGUGUUUUGAAAUGGAUUUUUAUGCCAUUUAAAAAAUGUUUUUAUAGCUUUAUUUCUGUAAAAUUAUGACUUGGCGUAUUUUCAGAUUCAAACUAAGGGCUUUCUUUUCAAUCCAUAUCGUGGAAAUUCAGCACAAAAGCCAAAUUCACAUUUUUUUUAAGGAAAUAUUCCUGCUUUGGCAGAGACGGCAUUCACGGUAAUAUGUCGGCUCAAUUGGAAAUUAUCUUUACAUUUUGACCACGAAAUCUGUAACGCUUCAGCGAUAUGGUUUGAAUAGAGCCCUAAAUUACGUAUUGGGGCCAUGGUAGGGUAAACUGUGUUAGAAAUUGCAAAAUGUGUGCUAUUUUGACAAGCAAAGUAAAUGGAAAACUUUGCACUACAUUGCUGUUUUCAAACUACAGUUCUCUUUUAUUUUUGCUUUUUUAGUAUAUAUUGAUAAAUGGUUAAGUGAAGGCUGUCAUUUUAAUAUUAGGUUCGCUAUUUUCUGUACUAUCAUAAGCGUAAAUCAAAUGUGUAUAUUAAUUUAGAAUAAGCAGUACUUUUGUUCUGAAAUAAAGGAGUGUGAAAACGUU